AUGUUUCGCAGAAGUGUAUUCGCUCUCGCUCUUGUGUUAUUUGCAUCAGCUGAGGUGGCUAUAGAUGAACCCAAAUCAAAUAAUGAUGAAGUUAUUGAAGUGAAAAACUUUUCCAGUACGGUAAGAACAGGACGCGCUCUACACAAAGAAUGCAACGGAAGUCUGAACGCCAAGUGCCUCAAAAUACACGUUUUAUCCUUUCUAGAGGAUUUGGGCUCUCGCGAUGAGCUAAAUCUUCUCCCUGGAUUAAGCAUUGUCAAAGAAGAUAUAGCUAACAGUAGCUCUGCGGAAGAAAUGGCAGCUGAAAUAUCACGACAAUUUCCUGGGAAACCGGAGGAAAAGUUGAACAGAUUCAUUUUAUAUAGAUUACAAAGUUAUUUAGAUAGCCAUUCGUUAAGGUACAGAUUAUUGGAUCCAAAGACUACAAAGGAUGCAUUAAAUAUGGCUAAUACAGAGGGUACCGGGAGGGGUAAGGGUGGAGGAGGAUUGGGGGGAGGAAAGGGAGGGGGUGGAGCACUCUUGGCGGCAGCUUUGAUGAUGAAAGGUACCCUCGCUGCCGCAGCUCUCGGCGCCCUGGCUUUACUUGCUGGCAAAGCCUUAAUGACAGCUCUAAUGUCUCUCCUCCUAUCAGCUCUUGUAGGUCUUAAGGGUGGAGGCGGUGGUAAAUCAACUACAUAUGAGAUCAUCACUAAACCGGAAGUAUCUCAUCAUCAUUCCCACAGCCAUGAAGAACAUCACGAACAUGAACAUGGCCAUCAUGGCGGGUACAAACGAGCUUACGACUUGAAUUAUAAUAGCUAUAUGCCAUAUGACGGAACUACGAGCUAA